AACUGCGCAAGAGGGAACUGUUUCGUUGCUGCGCAAGCGUGCGCACAGGCAGACCCUAACUUGCAGUGGAUAUUGCUACACCGAAGCAUUUCCCGCAAACAACAACUAUACCAAGAAAUUAUUACCGUUGAUCAAGUACUCUAGACAGUGUUAGGGGUGCUGCAAGCACUAGUAAACAGCAUCUGAUCGAUAGUUGCAAACUUGCAGCCACACCCUCAAGGGUGAGAAGCCUUAGACGCGAUGGCCGACGACCAGCCGGAUGUCAUGGAGGUUGAUCUCACCCAAGAAGCUGUGGAGGAGGCAGCGCCGGCGCCUGUCCAAUUGAGCCCACUGCCCCUUAACCUCCUUAGCACCAUUAAAACAGCCCAAGCAGAAAAUGGACUUCGGCACGGAGACUAUAUGCGUUACAGGAAACACUGCGCUUCGCGUCUCCAGUCUCUGUACAAGGUGCUGAAAAUGCAGCAUGGUCGCACGAAAUACCAGAAGCGUAAACUGGACGUCCACAAUGUCACCGACGUCAGGCACCUCUACGUUACCCUCUUCAGCGCCGAGCGCGCCUGGGCCUACGCCAUGGAGCUCAAGCGGGAGGCGGAGGCGCGCGGCGAGGCGGGCCGGGUGGACCCGCGCAAGCGGCACCACCUCAUCGGCAGGCUGGCAAAAGCCGUGCAGUGGUCGUCUGAGCUGGUGCGGCUGGCCGCUGCCCGCUCCGACACCCGCGGCAGCCUGGAGGCGGAGGCCUACUGCGCCUGGCUGGGCGGCUGCCUGCUGCUGGAGCGGGAGAGCGACUGGGAGGUGGCGCUGGCAAAGUUCUCCAGGGCAAAGAAGCUGUGGCAGGAGCUGGCCAAGGCGUGCGGCGAGCUGGAGGGUCAGUCGCUGUGUCUGGCGCAGGUGGAGGAGAUGGAGCCCAACAUCCGCUACUGCACCUACCGCAUCAGCCGGGCGGGUGGGGCG